AUGUCUGUUCAGAUAGACAAUCACCAGUCGGUCAUUAAUUUUUGCCGCUCUUGUUCCGAUGAUCAACUUAUUGGAGGCUCGAAAUAUGGCAACCGAGUCGUUAAGCUACCAAAUUAUGACUUAGUAGUCAAGUUCGGCCGGCACGUCUCCUCCUACGAGGCGAAGAAUCAACAAAAAGCGCACAGUAUGAUUGAUUCCAACGUCGUCUUAGUGCCUCGGGCUUAUAAGUUUUUUGUGGACGAUGAGGGCUGGGGCUACAUGGUCUCGGAUUAUGUCCUGGGCAAGACUAUUGACCCUCUUCCGGAAUCUCAUAUUCAAAAACUUGCCAAAGUUCUUGAAUAUUUUUGCUCUAUCACUUCGGAGAGAGCUGGUAGCCUAAGUGGUGGCCCGUCGACUGGCUUGAUCUGGCCAGAUACAAAUGAUCUAUUCAUCAGCAGUGUCCAACAAGUGGAAAACUGGUUCAACAGUCGGCUUUUUCCCGGAGACGGUGAGGUUCAUCUUGAUCCUAGCCCAUUGGUGCUGUGCCAUUUAGAUAUAGCCCCGAGAAACCUUAUCUGGUUGGAUGAUGGCCGUGUCUGUUUGCUGGACUGGGCAUCAGCAGGUUUUUAUCCAAGACCAUUGGAAUUUGCCAGCUUAUUCUUUCAAGAAUAUAAUUUUAGCAAGGCACUUCUGAAUGCUACGGGGUUCGGCUCUGGGCGUGAUAAAGAGGAACAACAGAAGAUGUGCCAGGCUUUGUAUAACAAUGAAAGGUACUCCUUGUAA